CUGGGGGAGGGGAGAGGAUGGAGGGAGCCUGGGCCCGGAGGCUGUGUCGGACCGGGCACGCUAGUCUAGGCUGGGCUGGGCGGAAGCGAGGACCGCUGUGGGGACGGCGCUUUUUCCUCUGCCCCGCCCCCUGGGACCACCUCCCCUCCCCCCGGCUGUCCGGCGGCCGCGGUCUGGCGGGUCUCCGUUAGUUAGGCUUCCUGAGGCCGUUCUUUCAGGCCUGUUUCUCCUGAGCUGCGGAGAGGCAGUCUAUCUGCCGUUAGAGCAGGCCGCAUCUUAACGCUCAGCUCUACUCGUGGGGAAAAGGCCGGCUGGGAUUCCGGGACUUUCCCGCCAGAGCAGGGUCUUCUCUCAAGGGAGAGCUGUUUCCACCGGGAAGCUCAGCUUUCUAUCACACCUGCUUCACCUCUCGCCUUCCUUGAGACCUGAAUGGUAUUUCUCGGCUACUUCUGCAUCUCACGUAAACAAUUCUCCAACUCUUUUUUACUCUGUGGUAUCUCCCUGAGAUGUGAUAUCGCUAGUGCCACCACCAGAAAGAACGUCUGGACCCUCCUGCCCAGGUUAUGAAAAUCCCCUUAAUUGCCACAGUUUGCUUACCUGGCUCAUCGCCUCCCGGACUUUGUAUCUUUGCUAAAGUCAGUGAUGUGAAAAGACCUGACAUGGAUGAUAUUGCUGAUAGGGUGAGGAUGGAUGCUGGAGAAGUAACAUUAGUGAACCACAACUCCAUCUUCAAAACCCACCUCCUGCCACAAUCAGGUUUUCCAGAGGACCAGAUUUCACUUUCUGACCAGCAGAUUUUACCUUCCAGGCAAGGAAAUUCGGGCCGAUCUUUUACAACAUGUUCCACAAGAAGUGCAGCUUAUAGUCCAAAUUAUUACGCAGGAUUCUUUGUCACCAAGAUGAGAUCUCCUCCCCUAAAAAGACACAACCCUUCCUCAGACAGUUUUCUUGGCUCAGGCGACUUAAGAACCUUUGGCCAGAGUGCAAAUGGCCAGUGGAGAAAUUCCACUCCAGCAUCAAGCUCAACUUUACAGAAAUCCAGAAACAGCCGAAGUCUUUACCUCGAAACCCGAAAGGCCUCAUGUGGAAUAUCAAACACUUUUACAGGAAAGUCAAACCAUCACUGCCACAUGUCUGCGUAUGAAAAAUCUUUUCCUAUUAAGCCUGUUCCAAGUCCAUCUUGGAGUGGUUCAUGUCGUCGAAGCCUUUUAAGCCCUAAGAAAACUCAGAGGCGACAUGUUAGUACAGCAGAAGAGACAGUUCAAGAAGAAGAAAAAGAGAUCUACAGACAACUGCUACAGAUGGUCACAGGGAAACAGUUCUCUGUAGCCAAACCCACCACACAUUUUCCUUUACACCUGUCUCGAUGUCUUAGCUCCAGUAAGAAUACUUUGAAAGACUCACUGUUUAAAAAUGGAAAUUCUUGUGCAUCUCAUGUCAUUGGUUCUGAUACUUCAUCAUCUGGAUCUGCCAGCAUUUUAACUACCCAGGAACAGCGGUCUCACAGUGCAUAUUCCUUACCGUCAUAUACCCCAGAUGUUCCAUUUGGAUCCACAGAUUCUGAUCCUUGCCAUCAACCCCAUCAUCACCACUCUCUUCCACAUCAACCAGAUAAUUUACCAGCAUCAAACACACAAUCUGAAGGCUCAGACUCUGUGAUUUUACUCAAAGUGAAAGAGUCUCAGACUCCAACUCCCAGUCCUGCUUUCUUCCAGGCAGAGCUGUGGAUCAAAGAAUUAACUAGUGUUUAUGAUUCUCGUGCUCGGGAAAGAUUGCGCCAGAUUGAAGAGCAGAAAGCACUGGCAUUACAGCUUCAAAAUCAGAGAUUGCAGGAACAGGAACAUUCAUUACAUGAUUCAGUAGAACUGCAUCUUCGUGUACCUCUUGAAAAGGAGAUCCCUGUCACAAUCUCCCAAGAAACAGAAAAAAAAAGUCAUAAAUUAACUGAUAGUGAAGAUGAAUUCCCUGAAAUUACAGAGGAAAUGGAGAAAGAAAUAAAGAAUGUAUUUCGUAAUGGGAACCAAGAUGAAGUUCUCAGUGAAGCAUUCCGCUUGACCAUUACACGCAAAGAUAUUCAAACUCUAAAUCAUCUAAAUUGGCUCAAUGAUGAGAUCAUCAAUUUCUACAUGAAUAUGUUAAUGGAGCGAAGUAAAGAGAAGGGAUUGCCAAGUGUGCAUGCAUUUAAUACCUUUUUCUUCACUAAGUUAAAAACAGCUGGUUAUCAGGCAGUGAAGCGUUGGACAAAGAAAGUGGAUGUAUUUUCUGUUGACAUUCUUCUCGUGCCCAUUCACCUGGGAGUGCACUGGUGUCUAGCUGUUGUGGAUUUUAGAAAGAAGAAUAUCACUUAUUAUGAUUCUAUGGGUGGAAUAAACAAUGAAGCCUGCAGAAUCCUUUUGCAAUACCUAAAGCAAGAAAGUAUUGACAAGAAAAGGAAAGAGUUUGACACUAAUGGCUGGCAGCUCUUCAGCAAGAAAAGCCAGGAAAUUCCACAGCAGAUGAAUGGUAGUGACUGUGGGAUGUUUGCCUGCAAAUAUGCUGACUGUAUUACCAAAGACAGACCAAUCAACUUCACACAGCAACACAUGCCAUACUUCCGGAAGCGAAUGGUCUGGGAGAUCCUCCACCGAAAGCUAUUGUGAAGAUUUGUCUCAGUGAACAAACACCUAACUCUGGGGGACCAGCCCUUUGUUGUCUACAGCCAGAGACCUUGGAAACAGCUGCUCCCAGCCCUCUGUUCUUGUAACGCCCUUGAUCCUGGACCAGGCCCUGGCAAGAUGCAUUCACAAGCACAUCUGCCUUUCCUUUUGUAUCUCAGAUACUAUUUUUGCAAAGAAACUUUGGUGCUGUGAAAGGGGUGAGGGGCAUCCCUAAGCUGAAGAGAGAGACUGCUUUUCAGUUCUUCAGUUCUGCCAUCUUGUUUUCAAAGGGCUCUAGCCUCAUUCAGUCCCUGAUUAGGUAGGGGACUGAGAAAAGCUUGGGAAGAAUCUUGGUUUCAUGUAAACUCUUGUUGCUGGGCCUUCCUAAGAAGUAGGAUAGGGCAUGGACAAAAGGUAGGGAUGAAAACCACCAGCAUACACAUGCACAUAUACAUACACACUUGAUUUUCAAGAUGUGUGGUCAGGAAUAUGACUGUAAACUGGACUUUGGGGUACAUGCAUAAGUCCCUUCCUCCAGGACCCUUCCUAUUUUUUAUGUCCUGUGCAAAAUGUAACUGCUUCUCUACAAGGCUCUUUUAUCAUCAGUAGCUUUGUCCCAUCCUGAGGCACAGCACACAAGCCCUAGGCAGGCCCCAAAGUCCUGAGCAGUCCUUAAGAGCAGGGGUUUACAUGUGCUAAUAACACAUGCUGUGGGGAAGAUCAACCCAGGGAGGGGUCAGUGGAGCCACAAAGCCCCACUUCUACAGUUGCCUACUUCUGACCAAGAAGAAGGACCUCAGUCUUUAGUAUAAAACUCCAGUGUUGGAUGAGUGCAGGUCUAGUUGGUCUGUGGCUAGUUAGUUUAAAUAUGUUUCUAACCACAGAGGAUUUAAUAUAUAUAUAUAUACAUAUAUAUAUUUCACAGGGAGAUUUUUUUUAAAAAAGAAAAAGACUGAAUGUGUUCACCAUUUAGCCUGUAGAUUUAUUUUCAUUUUUCCAAAUUCCAGCACACAGAGAUCCCAGCCUCCUCUGUGUAGGGGGCUUGUAGACUUCCUAACAGAAUAUUUUGAGGCCUGGAUGAACUUUGGUUAGGGGUAGAGGUUAUCGAUGAAAGUGAGGUUUUUCAGCUGAAAAACGGGUGGAAUUUGGGCUGAUCAACUUGGGAUUUAAAAACUGCAAUUCCUUUUGUUCUUUCUAGCAUCUCUCCCACCCUCUGAGAGCUCCUAUGGCUUAGAUAGUGAAAUGAUCCAAUGCCAGUGUCAUUUUGUACUUAAGUUCCAAAAUAGGAACAUUUUAUACUUUUUUCUGUAUUGUAAUAGGUAGUUUUGUAUAAAAUCUUUUCUCCUCUUCCCUUGUACCCCAUCCUUUCCAGCAUUGUGCUUUCUCCGUGGGCUUAUUUGAAAAUUUUACUCUGUUUUAUACCAGGCUUGUUUAGUACAUUUUCUAUGUUUUACCACAAGUUACAAUUUGAAAAGAAAACUAUUUUUUUUAAAUAUUCCAUUGUUAAUUGAAUGUUACUGUUUCCACUCCAGCAACCAGUUGUCCUAACUUUUUCAUAACUGCCUGCCUUUUGGGGGAAGACCACCUUUUGUGUGUUUGUUCUCUUUUCUAUCUCUUGCUCUCCCUCUCUCUCUCUCCCUCCCUCUCUCUUUCUCUGUCUCUCUCUGUUUUCUAUAGGAAAUAAAUAGCUUUCUAUAUAUGAGUUGCUGGGACCUUUCACAUUCUCUUUUAGAAAGCUAUGGCACGCAGACUCAAUGUAGGACUCCUGGAAUAUUGUCUGAUUCUUGGUACUUACUGUAUUUAAGUGACAACUUGAAAGGUGGCAAUAUGUGUAUAUUUGAACUAUAAAUCAAAAGACUUAAGUUUUUCAGGCUCUCUCACCAUUGUCCGGGAGCUUAUACAAGAUAGUUCUCUGUAUUUAUUGUUUGUUUAUUUAGAUAACAUCUGUCUUGUCUUUCUCAGAGACUUUUUGUACAGACCAAAGCAACAAAUAUUUAUUGCCAUGUAUAGCAGAAAAUGAAACAUGCAACAAAAGCACUUUGCAAAAUAUAUAAGGAAUUACAGAGCCUGUCUGAACUUGCCCCCACUUUCUCCAGUGCAGUUUUGUACAAGGUAGAAGUUAGUGAUUCUGAGGCCACCCUACCUCCCAGAACUGGUAGGAGUGGGCCAAGGUAUGGCUCAGGGUGGCUCAGUAGGAGCCAUAUACAGACUUCUAGAAUGGACCAUUCAUCCAAGAGAGCUAACCUGCAAGAGCAGGACUAGUGUAUGGAAACCUUCUUAUAGGGCUGAGCUUUGAUAACCAGAACUAAAAAAAUAUGUUUCUACAUUCAUGGCUUAGGGCCUGUUACCAAGAUCUUGUUUUACUUACUUUAAACAUACUGUUUUUAUUUUCUCCUGUCUUUCCCUUUCCCCUAUGCUGAGUGCUCACAGUCACCUACUCCCCUUUAAUAAGGGAUGUUUGAAGGAUAAACAUGAGAUGCCAUAUAUAGAUCCUUCACAGAUGCCACAUUUCCAACAAUCAUUCCUGAACCUUAGACAAAGAAAAUUAGACUGUUCUUGCCCAUCUGAGAACACAUGGUAUGAGGCAGGAAGGCUAGUUUUUAUCCUGUUUGGGACACUGUUAUUCCAAGACGUCCUGUGUAGAUUGACUGUAGGAGUACUUUUUCUUCAUCUAGCCUGGAGACUGGUGUCAGUUUACUCCUCUGUGUUUGAGGUACUUCACACUUCUAUGUGGCAUCAGCUUCUUAAGCCACUGUAAAAUCAUACUAGUAUCUUCUAUCUACUACCUCCAGUACUGUUAGCCCUAAGUUUUGGUGGUCCUGGAAUAGAAACAGAAAACCUGAAAAAGUACUUACCAACCCCAUCCCACAGCCUGCCCAUUAUUUUACAUGGUCCAUGAAAGGCUGUGUUAGGUACAGAGAGGGAGGACUCAUUAAAGAGCAUCAGUGUUUGUUAUAUCUUAACUUCUGGUCCAAUGCCAUCCCUCUAGCUCUGAAAAUGCCAGAGUAAGAGAAAUGACGGACCCUUGGGGUUUAUCUUUUCCCUUGUUCCACGUGGAUGGGCUAAAGUAAGAUGGAGUGAGAUGUGUUCUCUCUGGGAGAUCAUAUAUUGAAAUGAGUCAGAAAAGUGUUAGGCUCUCGGGCCCUGUUAAAGAAGCUACAUGCUAAGCUCCUGGGAAAGAUGCCAUAUCUCCCUGCCCAGGAGCAAUGUAGUCACAGCUUCAAAUUCAUCCCAAAAUUUGGAAUGGGAUAACUAAGCUCAGCUCAAUAUCCUUCCUUAGAGUCUAGGUUCUUAUUACACCUAUGCUGAACUCUAACAACUGUUGUGAAGGACAUAUAACUACCAUUCUUUGGAAAUAGAGAGGGAAAUGUCACUCAUUAAAAGGAGGGAGAAGUGAUGCACACACACAUCCCUGUGAGAAAGUUAAGAGAAACCAGGGAACUUUGAGCUUAAAGGUGAACCUUGAGGAAAUAUUAGUGCAGGCUUCCUCUCUGGUCUGCCGGGAAGAUGAUGGGAAUAAUUGCAGUUGUGUGGGUGGUUGGACCAGAUGUCCAGGGCCUUGUUAAACUCCAGGAUUUUGAAAUGGAAUUAAGGGAUGUAAUGGUCACCAGGAAUAGAAACCUGUCCAAGUAGAGGUUUAUGUCAAAAUUUAAGGCCAGAUGUACAACUGGCUUGGUUUUAGAAUUAAGAUAUACAUCAGAGUAGCCUUCCUAGUCAUGUUAUCUUAAAAUCUCUUAUCUGGAGGUCUGUCAGGGAAUAAUAUGAUUCCCUGUGGUGUUUGUGCUAGCAUCCACCUUUUACAUCAGGAAUGGACUAGACGUGAAGCUACUCAGAACAGGUGAAUGAUUUGUUGCUUCUUUCAAACUAGGAGUACAAGCCGCUGCUUUCUGUCCUGCCAGUGCUGAGGUGGGGGUCAAAUCAAUUGAACACUGAUUUGAAUGACAAGAUUGUGGAAGUAGAAGGAAGAAGGACUACUCAUGGCAGGCUGCAACCUCCUUUGUUUUCCCAAACAUUUCUUCUCUGAUCUUAAACCCCCAGUGCCCUAUUCUGCCUUUGACAGAAACAAUUUCCAUGCCUUAUGGAACAUUCCAGCUCCAUCCCCAGGGGCUUAUCAGUACUUAUUCUAACCACACAUCUUCUGUUUAAUCAUUUGGUGGGGUUUUUUCUCCAUUCUUUUUAUUGCCAAAGAGAUUUUACAGUCAGUCCUUUCUAGAAUGAGACUCCGGGGCUGUUUGGUCCUAUAAUGGCACUUACCUGGAACUUACAGGGCAUCCGGUAGGCUGGGUGUUUUCCUAAGCAUGUAUUUAAGCACUGAGCUUGGGGAUCCGUGAAAUAUGGAAUUAAGAGAUAUUUGACCAAGGAAAUAAAAACAUCUAUACUCAGGGUCUCACAGUCUGUACAGCAUAGUUUGGCUUAUUUGGGAGGACAAUAAUUGGACAUCCAAGUGAUGCACCUUAUGGAAAGGUCAGUCUCAAGACAGUGCAACAUGAAUCUGGGAGUGGAUGGUGGGGCAGAGGUGGAGAUAAGUCAGGGAUGAUGUUGCCUUUAUCUGCCCAUCUAUGUGUGACUCUCCCUAGUUUUUUAAAAGCUGUUUUAUUUAAAAAUAAAUUCUGUGGAUUUUGCCUCCUU